GAUGUCUGUGAAUCAUCAAGGAACGGAGGUAAGACUGCCCCGGUCAUGCCAGGGCAUCAGUCUUUGCUCAUCCAGCGAGCCACGAGAAAUUGCGUCUUGGCUCCAAGAUGAUUGCUCCAGUGUUCUGCCGAUACUUCCCAUGGUCGGUGAUUUUUCCAGACAGAAAAGUGCAUUCAGUGACAGUUUGGAGUUGCCAGAGUACCUGAACAGGUAUGCUUGGGAUUUUAGUGUGAAUAUGGAGGCUGAUAUCGGUGAUUAUUUGGAGAUCGAUGGAAGUAUGGAGACUAGUGAUGAUGCUGGGGACGAUGAUGGGGACAAGUGCAGUGAAGUACAAUCGCCAGAUCAUGGAGAGGCGAGUCACGCUGAGGCGGAAAGAAGUCAGAAGGAUCGGGUUAUGGUACCAACAAAUCCGUCGGACUGGAAUGCUAACCACGUGGCAGCCUGGUUGUCCUGGUGCGGACGUACCUUCGCGAUAAAUCCUCAACCCUCGGCAAAUGAAUUUCCGGAAACCGGUAAAGCUCUUCUUGAAAUCUCUUCCGAGUCUUGGAAACAAAUACCAGGGGGUCACAUAUUGGCGCGGCAUCUUGGUUAUUUGCAUCUUCAGGCAACUGGAAUUUAUUGUCAGGAGUUACUGCAGGAGGAUAAACGACAUGAUGAAAGGUUCAGCCUCCUCCAGCGGACCUGUACGCUGAUUGGUUCAUCUACUGGAGGCGCUAACACGGGGGCGGUCGGUGGCGGACAAGUACAGCUAUGGCAAUUCCUUCUCGAGCUACUCUCCGAUUCGUCCAACUCCACUUGUAUUGCGUGGGAGGGUACCAAUGGUGAAUUCAAGCUCACUGAUCCUGACGAGGUUGCACGCAGAUGGGGUGAACGCAAGAGCAAACCAAAUAUGAAUUAUGAUAAACUCUCCAGAGCGCUCAGAUAUUAUUACGACAAAAAUAUCAUGACUAAAGUUCAUGGUAAACGAUACGCCUACAAAUUCGAUUUUCACGGAUUGAUGGUGACCUGUCAAGCCCAAGCCGGCAUCACUCUCGAUUCGUCGACACCUCUCCGUGGUUCGGCAUCCUGUCACCCUCAUCAUCACCUGUGUGUACCUGCCUCGUCAACUGCCGACACUAGACCCCCACCUUCUGGGCCGUCAUUAGGUCCGAGAGGAGCGCAACAAUCAUCGCCUCCGUAUUGCUGGCCAUAUCCACGCUAUCCCCCGCCGACAUGAAGAUGUUUGGAAAUUGUCCACGAUUGAAAAUUAAAUUUUCAAGUGAUUGUAUCCCUGGUAAUGUGACCGGGUCUUAUUUGUUAUUAAUGUGCGCGCGUGUCGACGUGUUUGUUUUUCAAACUAAAUUGAAUUGUUUGAGGUAGUGUGUGGAAGUUUUAAAAAAUCCGAAGAUUUGCUCCGAUUUUCUACAAAACUAGGAAAUUGUAUUGAAUUUUCUAACGAACCGCAGAAUUUUUGUAGAAUUUUUUUUAAUCCACGAGAUGGUACUGGAGACUAGAAGUGAGUUCGGGAGUGACUCUUGACAUGAAAUCGAAGACGUGUCCAUGUAAAAAACAAUGCAAUUAUCAAUGAAUACAGUCUAACUGCUAAAGUUGAUAAGUAUUAGUCUGUAAGUGUUAAAUUUUGCAUAUACAGUCGGGUAAGGGGAUAUCAUUUUGUAAGAAAGCUAUGAUUU